UUUCAGUUUUGUUUUGGUCUUGCAUCUUUUGGUCCGUGUUUUCCUCCCCGUGCAGCAGAAUGCUUCCAUUCCUCCUCCUGGCUGUGGUCGCUACCGUCCACGCCCAGCUGUCAGGCUCCUGUAACUUUGAGGCAGACACCUGUGGCUACACUUCAGAUCCUCUGUUUUACGAGCUGGACCCUCAACCACGAAGGUAACUUCAUCACGGUGGACUCUGUCCUGCAGCAGGGUAAGGAAGUAGGGGGAGAAGAGGAGGGCAACAGAGAGAGCGCUGUGAGGAGAGGAGGAGAGGAGAAGAGAGGAGGAGAGGAGGGCAGGAGGGAGGACACAGGCAGCAGGGCGGUUCUGCUCAGUCCGGUGAUGGGUCUGGAGGUGUGGAGCUGCCUGAGGAUGGUGUACCAGGUCUCUGGGUUGGGGUCCCUGCAGGUGCAGCAGAGGCUGGAGGGACAGAGCUUCGACCGGCCGCUCUGGAGCUCCCACACCCCCUCCGACAGCUGGGUCAUCGCCAGCAUGGACCUCCACAACACCACCGAGGACUGGAGGGUGGUGUUGGAGGGCUGGGCUGGAGACGCCCCUGACAGCAGCGUGGCCGUGUUCGAGAUACGCAUCAUCCCCGGCUACUGUCUCGAAUGCGACUACGAGGACUCCCAUCUCUGUGGCUAUGGCAACCAGUGGAACACCAACGUCAACUGGUAUGUGGGAGGGGGCGUGGCCAGGGACCCUGACAGCACGCUGCCGGAUGACCACACCCACAACAAUGGAACAGGCCACUACAUGUACGUGGACUCUGUCUACGCCAAAACCUUUAAGGAGGUCGCCAAGCUGUCGUCUCCCAUGACGACGGUGCCCAUGUCCGGAUGCCUGAGCUUCCAGUACCAGCGAGGGGAGGAGAGGGGAAACCUGUUCUCUGUUUACACCCGGGACCAGUCGGGUCAGUACCAGGACCUGUGGAGAGCCGACGCAGACGAGACCAGCUGGAGCGCAGGCACCUGGGAGUGGAUACCUGUCCAGGUGGACCUCAAGGCUCCCUACCCCCUGCAGGUGGUGUUUGAAGUGACGUUCAACAGCCCCAGAGGAGGCCAUGUUGCCCUGGACGACAUCUCCUUCUCCCCAGACUUCUGCAGCGCGGAGACAGAGCCAACGUUUGAUCCGGCCGUGGCUAACUGUGACUUUGAGCAUGGCUUCUGUCGCUACAGCCAGGACCAGCACACCGACAGCUCCCCUUGGAAGAGAGUUUCUGUCAGGCCCAACGUUUACAGAGCCGGGGAUCACACCACCGGGGCUGGAUCUUUCCUCCUGGCUCACUCCCGACUCGGCCCGCGCACCGGCUACGUCAGCCGCCUGUUCGGCCCUGUUCUGCCCGGCAACAUGAAAUACUGCCUGAGGUUCUACUACUCUCUGAGGGGCUUCAACCAGACGGACCAGGCUCUGGAGGUGUACCUGCAGGACCAGGCCAGCGCCUCCCUGGACAGGAUAUGGACCCAGGGGGAGAGGUCCAGGGGCAUCUGGGUAGCUUCUGACGUCACCUUCCAGAUCACACAGCCCGCCAAGGUGAUGUUCGUGAGCACGUGCAGGAGUUUCUGGGACUGUGGAACCGCAGCUCUGGAUGACAUCAGCGUCUCCCUGGGGGACUGUGAUCUCACUGCAGUCCCUGGAGCUGUGCUGUCUGUUCCGGGGCACUGUGACUUCGAGGCUGGGGUCUGUGGUUACACCCAGGACCGGGCGGGGGACGCGGGGGACUGGCUGAGGACCAGGGGCCCCACCCCCACCUCCUACACGGGCCCAAGGGGAGAUCACACCACCGGGCUGGGGUACUACAUGCACAUCGAGGCGUCCCCCAUGAUGCCUGGUCAGAAUGCGCGGCUGCUGUCCAGCCCUCUGCGGGGGGCCAGGGGUCCUCAGUGUCUGCGCUUCUACCUGCACAUGUACGGCUCGGGCACGGGCCAGCUCCGAGUGCUGCUCAGCCGGGAUGGAGACGAGACGUUGCUGUGGAAACGCGGCGGAGAGCAGAGCAUCACCUGGCUGAGAGCCACCGUAGAGUACCAGUGUGACCAUCAGCACCAGAUUGUGUUUGAGGCCACCAGAGGGCCCUCUGUGAGGAGUGAUAUCGCCAUCGAUGACGUUGUGUUUCAGAGUGGACCAUGUCCAGAAAUUGAAAUCCAGACAGGACACGUUCCAUCAAACUCUAACGAUAUUGAGUAGAGCCAGAGAGGAGGAGACUGGAGAGGAUACACCGACUGUUUAAAACAACAAAAUUACAUGACAAUAACUUUUUUGGGGGGGGCUGUGAAUGAUUUCACAUCAUUCUUUCCCACAUGACAAACUGAAACAUGACUAUAAAAUGUACACUUUUAAAUCAUUUUAUUAUUACUGUACAAAUCCAAUCUAAUACAUAUCACCCUCUUGUUUUUAGUAGAGAAACUGGUAGAGAAAGUCACUUUAUCUAAGUAGCAAAAGAGGACAUGUUGAAUUGUCUUAUUUUUACAUGUGCAUUAGAUUAAUGCUGAAAUAAAAAUGUUUGCUCACAUCAGCUUCAAGUUUGUGCUAU